CAAGAAGUCCCUUGGCAUUCUAUCUACCAUUUACCUAAUAGACAAUAAUUUGCAAAAUUAACGGAUUUUAAAAUAUGAUUUUCGGUUUAAGUUUAAGUUUACUACCCUGUAUGGUUUUAAGUGACUUUACGGGUUCUCCCAAACACGACUUCGAACUACUCCCUGAAAAUCUAACCGUUAGACACCACGACGUAAAGGGACACCAAUAUCCAUUCAUGGUGUCUAUUCAUUGGGGAUGGCUCAACUAUUCCUACGGGUACCAUAUUUGCGGUGGCGCCAUUAUUUCUCCCAUAUACGUGUUAUCAGCCGCCCAUUGCAAACGAAAAACAGGACGUAAUGUGGUGAUUGCAGGAAGCACUGACUUUUACAAAAUCAGUAACACAAAUCAAUUUAGAAACGUUUUAGAAUUUAUAUUACAUCCAAAUUUCGCUAGGUCUGUCGGUCAAUAUUGUAAAAAUACUUCAACGGUCAUCAAUAUAAUAAAUUGUAGGGUUGAGUCACUUGUUAUGUACGAUAUUGGCCUUUUGCGGGUUCAACCCUUCAAGUGGUCUCCCGCCGUGCAACCUGUUGCUCUUACGGAUGGUAAUCAAUUGACCACGAAUGCCCAAAUGACUCUCGUGGGAUGGGGCAAAAAUAUUUAUGGAAUACCAAGCAAACUUCAGCACACAAUGAAGAUUAUUUUACCUGUGAAUGUGUGCGUUGAAUAUUUUCCGACGGGUAUCGGAUUCUCGAGGCAAACAAAUAUGUGUUCUAAAGUACCAAAAUCUCCCAGUCCUUGUUUGGACGAUUCUGGCAGUGCCCUCGUCCAAAAGGGAUAUAUUGUGGGAAUAUCGAGCUGGGUGGCAUCCAGAUGUGGCAGAUUUAGUCCCAUUCUUUUCGUGAAGGUGGCAGACUUCUACAGUUGGAUUAAAUCAAUCGUAUAAAGUUGACCAAUUGAUCACCGCGAACUACAACUUACAAAUAGUAUAGUCGUAUGAUAUUUAUUAUUAUUGGUAUUGAAAUAAAUAAAUAAAAAUUUCUGAAUACGACUUUAUGUAGGUUGGUAAAUUUGGAAAAGAAUAUUAAAAGUGUAGGCUUGGAGCACGACCUUGUAAGGGUGCGAACGUGGACGGUGGGUGCGACAGAGAAGAAAACAAGAUAGAAGGCCGUAGAUGGAUGAAGAAAGGGCCACUAAAAUGGGGAAGCAUAAGAAAGAGUAAGAGGGAAGAGAGGACGUUAAGAAAAUCAAUAGGCAAUAGGCGAGAUAAGUUGAUAACCGAUGUCCUCUCGAAUGCUAGGUAGGACACGUUCCCAGACAUUAAGGAUUAGUUAGAUAAUUUUACGAGGAGUUAGGAGGACUAAAUUACUGUUCAAAAAUAGUUAAAGAUGUAGAAGGUUUUUAAGAAAUGCAAAAAUUGACUCAUGACAUUAGGAGGUGCGUGACCAAGAAGUUUUACGGUUGAAAUCCUCAUGGUAAUUAUGAUGAAGAUGUAGAUAUCUAUGGAUAUUUAGAUUCUACUCUAAUAACAAAAUCCUUCUUCAUAUAUUUAAACAAAUUAAAAUUGGGGGUUUCCCAAUCUAAAAAGAAGUAAGACAAGAAUCAAAUCAUCAUCAUCAUCAUCAUCAUCAUAAGGUCGUCAGACUGGUUGGAUACGCACCUCCAGU